AUGCCUACAAAAAGUAGCACUGUAUUAUGUUCUGCUCAUUUUGAAGACCUAGACAAAUAUACUACGCCAAAAGGAUACGUGCGUCUCAAAACAUCUGCGGUGCCUGUGGUUUCAUGGGAUAUGGUUCCACGAGCUUGUACACCUACCAGUCUUAAUGAUGUAAAUAUAUCGGACAUGGACUCUGUAUUCGAUUCACCAAGGAAAACGACGCUGAAAAAACGAGCUCAAAAACUGACUCUUCAAAAGACGGAACUAUAA